ACGACUCGAAAAUCAGCAGCAGAGGCGAGGAGGGAGGAGGCGAGGAGGGAGGAGGCGAGGAGGGAGAGGCGAGGAGGGAGGAGGCGAGGAGGGAGAGGCGAGGAGAGUGCAGGCGGUGCUGUCAAGCCGUGUGAUGGCGACGCUGCAGAUGGGCGCAGGCAGCGAGGGCGAGAGGCGGCAGCUGUUGGCCCUCCUGCUGGCGCUGAAGCAGGUGGAGGAGCAACAGGCGCAGGAGGCGCAGCAGGAGCAGCAGGAGCAGCAGCCGAAGCAUGAGCAGCAGCCGAAGCAGGAGCAGCAGCCGAAGCAGGAGCAGCAGCCGAAGCAGGAGCAGCAGCCGAAGCAGGAGCAGCAGCCGAAGCAGGAGCAGCAGCCGAAGCAGGAGCAGCAGCCGAAGCAGGAGCAGCAGCCGAAGCAGGAGCAGCAGCCGAAGCAGGAGCAGCAGCCGAAGCAGGAGCAGCAGCCGAAGCAGGAGCAGCAGCCGAAGCAGGAGCAGCAGCCGAAGCAGGAGCAGCAGCCGAAGCAGGAGCAGCAGCCGAAGCAGGAGCAGCAGCCGAAGCAGGAGCAGCAGCCGAAGCAGGAGCAGCAGCCGAAGCAGGAGCAGCAGCCGAAGCAGGAGCAGCAGCCGAAGCAGGAGCAGCAGCCGAAGCAGGAGCAGCAGCCGAAGCAGGAGCAGCAGCCGAAGCAGGAGCAGCAGCCGAAGCAGGAGCAGCAGCCGAAGCAGGAGCAGCAGCCGAAGCAGGAGCAGCAGCCGAAGCAGGAGCAGCAGCCGAAGCAGGAGCAGCAGCCGAAGCAGGAGCAGCAGCCGAAGCAGGAGCAGCAGCCGAAGCAGGAGCAGCAGCCGAAGCAGGAGCAGCAGCCGAAGCAGGAGCAGCAGCCGAAGCAGGAGCAGCAGCCGAAGCAGGAGCAGCAGCCGAAGCAGGAGCAGCAGCCGAAGCAGGAGCAGCAGCCGAAGCAGGAGCAGCAGCCGAAGCCAAAGCAGAAUGCACGGAAGCGACAGAGGCGGCAGAGAGUAAUGGGAGAUGGCGCUCUGCAAUUGGCUAGUGGUGCAGGCAUGUUUGGCUGCAUGGAAGGGCGGGGAUGGGAGAGGAGCGGCAGUGGUGGCAGCAGUGGUGGCGGCAGUGGUAUCAGCAACAACCCCGAGUUUUCACUGCGUGGUGUUGCCAACAACAGCGGCAGUGGCGUGAGUAACGAUAUUCACUUCGACACCAUGCGUGCGCUCGCCCUCAACAGUGGCAUUUUCAGUGCCGCCGCUCUGAACGUUGCGGGACCGAAUGCUGGUGGCAUUGGGAGGAAGAGGAGAAGUCCUGAAGCCCCCGAAGCCCCCACUGGUUGUGCUGCAGCCUCUCUCCAGUGGCACCACGGCAGUGUGCUCGGGCAUGCGAGCCAGAGUGGCAGCGCCAGUUGGGGCAGGAGCAGGACCGGCGCAUCUCUCUUGGUCUCCUUUUCACAGCAGCAUGGCGGCGACGGCAAGGCAGCACAUGCACCUCAUGUACCAGCGGCAGCGGCUGCAGCAGCAGCAGCAGCAGCGGCAGCAGCAGCAGCAGCAGCAGCGGCAGCAGCGGCGGCGGCAGCGGCGGCGGCGGCAGCGGCGGCGGCGGCGGCAGCAGCGGCGGCGGCAGCGGCGGCGGCGGCGGCGGCGGCAGCAGCAGCAGCAGCAGCAGCAGCAGCAGCAGCAGCAGCAGCAGCAGCAGCAGCAGCAGCAGCAGCAGCAGCAGCAGCAGCAGCAGCAGCAGCAGCAGCAGCAGCAGCAGCAGUAGCAGCAGCAGCAGCAGCAGCAGGAGGAAGGACGGGAAGAGGAGCAGUGGCUCUCAGCAUGGCGCUCUGCGAUUGGCUCAUGGUGAAGGCGGCCAACCCCAGCAGUGCCAUGAAUGAUGCAAUCUACAACAGCAACGUGGUGGUGGGAGCGCAUGGCAGCAAAGGUAGCCUUCUCAGCAGCACUGGCAUCAUCAACUCAGCGAGCGACGCUGGGAAAAAGAGGAAAAGCCCGGAGCGCCCCACAGACUGCGCUACAGCCGCUCACACGCAGCAGCACGGCAUGCAGGCCCCCACUGACUCCGCUACAGCCGCUCACACGCGGCAGCAGCACGCCAGGCAGACCUCCCGUGCGUGCUACAGCCGGAGUGCACUCGGGCCGGCCCAGGCCUCGUUUGCUCAGCCGAACCCAGAGGACCCCCCUGCUGAAGGGGCGUCCAUCCCAGGCGCUGCCAAGGACGAUUCUCGAAUCCUGGGCAGUGCCAUGGUUGCUGAUGCUCGUAUCAUGAGCCCUGCCAUUGUUGACCCUCGUAACCUGGUGCCAGAUGCGAGGGCCAAUGAGAGUGAUGUGCGGGAAACCAUGCGCACAAAGGAGUGCGUCGACGCGACUUUAGAGUCGAGUCAAAAGUCACCCUGGGAUGAGCGUACGGUGAGGUAUGAGAGUGAGACCAACGGGCGCGCAUGCGACGUGCACGGCGAGUGGUGCACGGACGAUGUUUUGGAUAAUCCCAAGGGCCACGAGCAGGGAAACACGCGAGACGAGUGCGGCACGGACGACGAGUGGUUGCCUCGGUGCCAGGGCAACCGGAGUGGUUCGGCGCCAAAUCAGAUCAUCAAGCGCCGGAGCAUGGCGGAGCGGCGGAGGAGGGAGAGGAUCAGCGAGAAACUGCAGAGGCUGCGGGCGAAGGUGCGGGGGCGAGGAGACACAUGUGCGAUGCUGGAUAGAGCAGUGGGGUAUGUAGAUGCGUUGGAGAGACGUGUAGUGGAGCUAGAGAGUGUAGUCAUGGCGGCUCCUGGAUUUGGGAGGAACGUUUUCACCGACAAUGCGUUUGCUGGUGGUUCUUUUGCCGGUCGCGGAUUUGCUAAUAAUGUUGGAGCGCUGACGUCGAUACCGGCUGCAUUUGCCUCGGUCCCGACUGGCCUUGGGAAUGACAGUGUUGCUAACUGGCCUUGGGAGUGA